AUGGCAGCCAGGCUGGAGGCCACAAACUCAGUCCCGGAGAUACCAAAGCUUCUGCAUACCUGGGAGAAGGCAUAUGUGUUCAUGGGACUCCUGGUGUUCAUACUGCUGGGCUCAUCACUCCUGGUCAAUUCUUUCAGCUUGUUGUGGUACCUCGAAGGCAGGAGGGAGAGCAAGACUGAGAGCCUCGUCAAGAAUCUGGAUGGGAGGGACACCAGGAAAGAGAACCAUUUGAAGAAUCUCUGCUCUCUGAAGAUCCUCCAUGUGCUCCAGAUGGGAGUCUUUCUCAGAUAUGCUAGUGUGCUGAGGAUCUCGAUUUGUGGCUUCUGCUGUGAGAAGCUCUACACGACGGACGAGGUCAGAUCCCUGAAAUAUGACCUGUGCAUAUUGCGCUUCAUGGAGACCUUUUCCGAGAGCGCUCCCCAACUGGUCCUCAUGCUCACCAUCUUCAUCAUGAGAGAAGAUUUGGGACCCAUCACAAUCCUGAAGGCGAUUGGCUCAGCGUCGGCCAUCUCUGUCAGUGUGACAAUGUACCACCGCUCUCUACGUUCCUUCCUCCCAUCCAAGGCCAAUCAGGGCUGGCGCUCCUCUGUGGUCUACUUCCUGUGGAACCUGCUCCUGAUUGGACCGCGUGUGGCGGCGGUCAGUCUCUUCGCCUCGGCCUUUCCCUGCUACAUCGCUGCCCACUUCCUGUGUUCCUGGAUGGUUCUAUUUCUCUUUGCCUCUCAACUUAAUAGAGAUUUCAUGGAUAGUAUUGGUGGAGAACGGCUCUACCAGGCCACCGUAGGUUUAAUCUGGUAUUUCAGCUGGUUCCAUGUGACGAGGGGAACCAGCAGGUGGAUAAGCACCAUCUACCACACCUGGAUUGCAGUGGAUAUUGUGAUACUUUGUGGUCUUUGGAUUUGGCAGACGAAGGAAAGCCCUCCUUAUUUUGACCUGCCACUAGAAUCCUAUGUUAUCUUUGUUGUGAAUAUGUUGCUCUACUUCUCUGGGCUUGGUCUUAAAGUGAUAUACUACAAGUACUGUCAUCCAAAAUUUACACUGCAGAUAGAACCAGAUACUGACUCCCAAGAGGGGGAGGAUGAAGUGGACUUCCACUGCAUGGUUUCAAGCCAGCCAAAACCAUCCACCAGGGUCAAUAAGAGAAUGAGGAACUUAGCUGAAACCUUCUACUCAUGA